AUGUUAGUAUACAGAAGUGGAGCGCCGAAAGAACCCGUCGGUCCAGGAAAUCAGUGGUGCAAGGCGGUACAAGGCGGUCUAACCGAUAUCGAUCGGUUGCGGUUUCUCAGUACUAGGCUCAGCAGGAAAAAAGCACUCGAAAGACUUCUUGAUGCACAGGGUGGCGUGAUAACCAGUGAAAAAGAAAAGGCAGAACUGUUAGCUGAUGUGUUUCAUAAGGCUCACAUAAAGAGUGAAGAUGUUGAGUCAGAGGACUGCCUUGAGUAUCGUGGUCAGUGUGGAAUGAUUUGGUCAUAUGACUGGAUAUCGGUCCCACUAGUAUAUACUCAGGUUAUUCUCGAGAAACGCUCUCCUUCGCGGUUUGGCUCCCGUAAGAGUGUGAAUUCGGUCCCGUCGAGAAAUGCUGGCCGAUCUCCUCCUCAAGUAAAACUUCCACUUGCGGAGCAUAACUUUAAUUAUGUGUCGCGCCAAAUGUGA